AUGCCCCCUGCGCCCUUCCCCCUCACUCCAGAGGCCGAGGCAGCGGUACCCAACCCUUGUCGGUCCAGUUGGGGUACGGACAAAGGAGCCCUUUUAGUGGCCCUCUUGUAUGUGAGACUGGUAAUUGGAAGCACCGUCAGCACACAUCAACUGCCACAAGUCCCGGAAACCACAGAAUCAUCUUCUCUUUGGCUCGGCCACCGUUUCGCUUUCUCCAGCCUCCUCCCACCCAAUGCCUCUCAGCUCCCACAUCCAUUGGCUCGUCUACUCACACACACACACACACACAAACCCGAGCGAACUGGCGUGUGA